AUGCCCAACCGACCACCGACCACCCUGGGCAGCGAAUCAAACAGCAGUUUUGCAGGAACCUCCGCUGCGCAAGUCAAGCAAUACUUUGCCAACUGGGCAGGAGCUCUAUGGGUAGACAGCGGCAUCACUGAAGUCAAGGGCACGACCAAUGUCCCGCAAGUAUCGAUGCCGGUUGGUGGUAGCCCCGCCGUCACCUACGGAGGUGCAGUCUGGGUCGGUAUCGACGGCGACACCUGUGGCAGUGCGAUCCUCCAGACCGGCAUCGUGUGGACCAUCGUCAACGGCCAAACCCGCUACAGCGCCUGGUACGAAUGGUUCCCGGCCCCGCUCACCGCGUUCGAGAACUUCGAAGUCCGCCCCGGCGACAGCAUCAACAUGCGCGUCGUCGCCACCAGCAGCACCAGCGGCACUGCGUACGUGACCAACCUCACGACCGGCCAGAGCGUGAGCAAGGACUUCUUCGACCAGGCGGUGCCGCUCUGCCAGCAGAACGCCGAGUGGAUCGUCGAGGACUUCAGCACCAACGGCAGCCUGAUCCCGUUCGCCGGCUUCUCGGACGUCCACAUCACCGACGCGAACUGGUUGGCCAACGGCACGACCUUCGGCCUCCAGGGCGCCAUCGAGGUCAACAUCCAGCAGAACAACCGCAUCAUGACGAACUGCAUCGUCAGCGGGAGUGACAAGGUGGAUUGCUCGUACACGGGCAACAACUAG